AUGAAGAAGAAGAAGAAAGCGAAUAGUGCUACGGCAACGCCUACGAAUGGGUCUGAAGAGGGUGUGGGUGACUCUACAGCGACUAGGACAUUACGACGAGUUAAGACGGUGGACUUUGUAGAGAAGGGGUCGGAGUCGUUGCUCUCAGCACCCUCUACCACCGUUGUACCGGAAAGGGUCGACAUGGCCAUAAAUCAGUCUGGCAUAUUGCCUGCGUGCGAUGGCAGACCCGCAAAGCUGGUUCAUAGGGCCCCCUCUUGUCCUAACCUGAUUCGAACAGUGAAGAGUAGUCUGGUGGACCCAGCUAUCACACGGACCGAUGUCCAUGUUCUUACCAUCGCUCCCUCAUGGAGUGCUGAAGACACUGCUAGUGAAGGAGCCGAUCCCGCAACGCCCACGAUGCAAAUCGUGGAAUCGAAGAACGGCUGCUACGAGGUAGUCUGGGACGACGUACCAGCAGAUCAAAGCAUCAGAGUCCGACGACGAAGCUCUUCCGCAUGCCACGCACUAGAAAUGAUCAGCCCAUCAGCUAGGGGGCUGGAACGCGUCAACACAAAGUUAUCCGACUGGUCUGCAACCUGGAAUAGUCCGUCGGGGAGCUUCAAGCCUACGAUUGUAGUCUUUCCUGACGAUGAUGGCCGUGCAUCUCUAUAUGAGUGCUCCGUGGACGACGAUGAGGAUCUGGUCGUGCUGGCACCUCCAAACAGCCAGAUCACCAGUAGAGCGCCGUCACGACUCCCUUCACGACCUGCCAGUGCGCCCAUGACGAGAGUAGCAUCGCACGAAGACAUGGCACUUUCAGGAAUGCCGCAACCAGACGAACAAGACGAACAAGAGUCGACAGAUCGAGCAGAACAACUGGUUGUAUCGAAUUCGAACCCUGAUAGUCCACCCGAACGCUCCGUCGACGCAAACCGACGAAUGAACUGGCCUCCCGCGCCUCGGAAACUCUCCAACAUCGAAGAAGCAGAUCUAAAGUUCCGCGGUCAUCGCGACUCCGUUACCAUUGCGCAUUCCCGCCUGCUACACUCGGGGGGUAUUGCGCCCGAGCUGUUUACUCAUCGAGACUCGACGUCUAUGGCGAAGAAGCGCAUGCAUGCACGGAAUCAUGCUGCGGCAGCAUCAGCAGAAGGGCGGAGGCGUUCCCACUCCUACGAUGCGCAGUCUGCGGGGCUGAGGUUUGAGGCUGUGGGGGAUCUACCGACUGUCACGGAACAUGGAACACAACCUGCUCCUACAUAUGGUAAUUUGGCUGCGAGAGUCUGUUUGUAG